AGACUCAAAAAACCUCCAUAGACCACAGUUUCUUACGCCAACUUGUUUCCGCCUAUAAUUCCGACGACAAAAUCUCUCCUUUCCGAUCAAAAAUGGCUAUGGGCUUGAACGCAUUUGGGCCCGUAGUGCUGGGAUUGCUUGCCCUCUGGGCUGUCACCGCGGAUUCCGCCCACCAUUCCGCGCCGGCGCCGGCGGUGGACUGCAACAGCGUAGUUCUGAACCUGGCGGACUGCCUCUCCUUCGUGACCAACGGGAGCACGACGAAGAAGCCGGAAGGCACCUGCUGCUCCGGGCUGAAAAUGGUGCUGAAAUCCAACGCCGAGUGUCUCUGCGAAGGCUUCAAGAACAGCGCCCAGUUGGGAGUUGUCCUCAAUGUCACCAAGGCCUUGUCUCUCCCCGCCGCCUGCCAUGUCUCCGCCCCCUCCGUCAGCAACUGCGGCCUGAGCAGUGGAACCAUUUCUUCUCCCGCUCACUCCCCCUCGGCUUCACCACCGAGCAAAACCGCAGAUGCUCCUAUUGGGGUUGCAGGCGCUCCUAGUACGGCUGUAGGAGCUAAGGAAACCAGCCCGGCACUGUCUCCAGGAAGCUCGGGUUCUUCUGGGCUCGCCCCCGUUGGAUCCUUGGCGUUUAUGCUGCUCAUUGUAUUGAUGUGGUGAUUCUUGAGAUGAAGAGGGGUCAGCAUGCGGGGCAAGAGUUGUUAUGAUGUUAUAGUAGUGUAGUAGCUGUGGGGUGUAUUUCCUGUUUGUGUUGAUUAAUGAUUAUUAUUAUUGUUGUUGUUAUCAUUAUUGUUGUUAUGACAGUAGAAAGCAGUGUUUGCUGGUCCCUUUGGUGUCUCAGGUUUUGAAUUGGAAUGAGAUAUACUUUGUUCUUAGUUCAUAUGCUACUUUGGCCUA